ACAGAGAGAGAGAAGGAGAGAGGGAGAGGGGAAGAAGGGCAGAGAGAGAGAGAGAGAGAGAAGGAGGGAGAGACACAGACAGAGAGAGAGACAGAAAGAGAGAGGGAGAGAGAGAUGGAGCCCAGGGCAAUACAUUUAGACCGAAAACCUUUACAUUAACUCGGUUUUGUGUUUAUUGUGUAAUUAAAUAUUAUUUCUACCGAGAAGAUGUUAACUGGAUCUAAAACAACGUUUAAAGUGCGACAGAUACCAGAUCUGAAGACGUAUCUCUCCGCCGGUUCGUGUGGCAGGAUGUCGCAGUGCUGCUUUGAACAGCACAUGAAUGAGUCCAUGGUUCUCACGCAGCAUGAAGCUCUCAUUGUUCUGCUUCUCAGUGUGAGAGCAGACAAAGAGGAGGAGGAGGAGGAGGAGGAAGACGAAGAGCUUCUCCAGCAGAACAGCCUCUUAUGAAAGGACAGGAUAAUGACCCAGAGCAGCCUUCAGACUCGAGGCAGGGACAUGUUCGGGCUGUGCUGCUUACCAGGUGAGUGCAUCCUCCAGAGAGCCGUUCUGGUCAGGAAGAAGCUCUCCUCUAAAGAAGGAGGAGGUUGGCUCUCGGGAACUCUGUUCUGCACCCAUUUCCGUGUGGCCUUCGUGCCUCAGGACAGCGCGAGACCAGACGACAAUGCCGAUCCUGUGCUCCUCGGAGACCACGACGUCGCUCUGGCCUCCAUCGAGAAGGUCGUAGCCGUGGGACCGUCACGGACCAAGCUGGUGACCCCGAACUCCUCUCUCAAGUUCACUCCUGAGGAGCUGGUGCUGUACUGCAGAGACCUGCGUGUCCUCUGCUUCCUGUUCGACAGACUCACCCCUGACGCUCAGGCUGUGGAGAUCACAUACACCAUCGCCAAGACGUACCAGCCGCUGAAACCCGGCACCAUCCUGUCCUUCCAGAACGCGGCGCUCGGCAGCAUCGAAAUGAAACAGUUCCUGAGCAACCGGAGGCGCGACCCGAGCAUGAACUGGUACGAGAGCGCGGCAGACUGGGAGCAGGAACUGGAGAGGACUGGAGCCACCGGCUGGAGGGUCAGCGCUGUUAACGACCGCUUCGAAAUGUCCACCAGUCUGUCCAGGUUUAACGUGGUUCCUCAGAAGGUCCUCGACACCGAGCUGAAGAAAACGUUCGCCCAUUUUAACGAGGGUCGCAUCCCGCGCUGGGUUUGGAGGCAUCCGCGUGGCAGCAACCUGCUCCGCAUGGCCAGUUUUCAGAACAACAUCUACCACGAGAAGGACGAUAUCAGGAACCUAGAGCUGAUCCUGUUCGGAGGUCAGACGCAGUGUGUGGUGGUGGAUCUCGGGGAUGAAAUGCCUUCUCCUUCAGACGUUCAGCUCGCACACACACGACUGCGCUCGCUCUGCCUCGGAGAUAUCUCCUCCUCCAUGUCCUCCGUGCCGGACGAUAAGUGGCUUUCCACUCUGGAGGGAACUCACUGGCUGGAUUAUACCAGGUGCUGUCUAAGAAAAGCUGCAGAAGUGUCCUGCUUGCUCCAAAGAGGUCAAUUAACCGUCGUUCUUCAAGAGCCAGAGGACCGAGACAUGAACUGCGUGCUGUCGAGUCUGGUGCAGGUGAUGUGUGACCCACACUGCCGCAGCGUCGCUGGCUUUCAGAGCCUCGUGCAGAAGGAGUGGGUGAUGGCGGGGCACCGGUUCCUCAGCCGCAUCAACUACCACAGAGACGGCGAUAAAGAGGAGGCUCCGAUCUUCCUGCUUUUCCUGGACUGUGUGUGGCAGCUGUGGGCUCAGUUUCCAGCUCGAUUCCAGCUGACUGAAGCUUACCUGCUGGCCCUCCAUGACAGCGUGCAGCUGCCUCUGUUUAACACCUUCCUGGCUAACUGUCAGAGAGAGCGAUGUCGCCGAUCACAGCACUUGUCCCCGAGCUACACUCCAGUCAACGGGCUGAGAGAGUUGCCCCGAGGCUCGGCCGAGGAGCCAGUGGACCCUCCGUACCCCCCCGUGUGGGACUGGGCCCUGCAGUACAGCAGCCAGAGACGUGCCCUUUUCACCCAGCCCGUGUGCCAACCUGUUUCUGCUGCACCUGUUCUCAACAGUAACCUGAACACCAACCUGGAGCCCGAGUGGAGUGACAGUGCUGUAGGCUCAGUGUUCCUGCUCUCGCGUGGUGUCUUUUCCUGUCCUUCCAACCUGCUGCCUUGGAGAAGUGGAGGAGGUUCAGGUUCCUACAAAAAGAGCCACAACAGAGCUCCAUCCUGCGAAGGCCUUCCUGUUCUCGAACGCCUGAUCAGAGCCGAACCGUUACCCUCGAGCCUCCACGAACCCCACGGGCCUCUGCUGCCCCUGCUCCUGGGGCCCUGCGUGCACAUCUGGAGGAACUGCUACCUGAGAGGGGCGCUGCAUGCGCAGGCUUUCACAUACCCCAUGUCGUCUAACACGAGGCACCCGGUGGAACAGCUGGCAUGGGAGGUGGAGAACCUGCGAGAACGUCUGGUCCAGGCCUCCACUGGCCGUCCUCAGAACCGUAAGAGACAGGAACACCGGCGCCUCGGCGCCAACCUCAACCAGAACGCCAACAACGGCACAUUCCUCUUCUCCUCUUCCUCCUCUUCUUCCUCCUCUUCUUCCUCCUCAUCCUCCUCCUCCACUUCCUCCUCCUCGUCGUCCAGAAGUUCUCAUCAGGAGAGUCCGGGCCGCGUUUCAGGAUGUUCCGGCUACAGCGACGGACCCAAGCACACCUUCCUGUUCGGUCGCACCGCCUCCUCGAGUUCUAGUGCCAAACUGCCCAAGAGCAGCGGCUCACUGGGGCACAAGCCUCGCUGAGCGUUAGGUAGGAGAAUUAAACCAAGCAAGAGGGAUCAGAUCUUCAACAGGACCAAGCUUUAGAGAUAUUCACUCUGUGUCACUGAAUAUAAAGCACUUUCCUUUCCGUAAUCAGCACACAUCAUCACUGUGGGGUAAAAUCUCCGUAGAUUAGAGGGGGAAAAAUAUCGAGUAUUGAGUUACUUCUGUGUAUAUAGUACUUAUUAGUAUAUAACUACUCGUGGAGUGUAGUAGUAUGUAGUAUUCAGUGCUUUGCAUAAGUAUUCACCCCUUUGGAAUCAUUCUUUUCUGAAAUGUGCCCGUGUGUUGCCAUGGUGAAGCAUGGUGGCGGUAGCAUCGUGUUCCGACCAAGCCUCCGACUCUUGAUUGCACUUCAAAGUUUUGUGUGAAAUCCUCCCCUAGUCGUGUUCGUGCCAUAUUCUUCUCUUUUUUUUAAAUGAUUUAAUGAUGUUUAAACAUCUGGGAUAUUUUUACAACCCAACCCUGAUUCAUUUUGUUCCAGAACCUUGUCCCAGAUCUCUCUUUAACCUCCAUGUCGAUGCUUGUUGAACUAAAUUCUUCCUCCGGACAUGGGUGUAUUUAUACCCCUUAAGAUCCCAAGAUACUUCACAUUUCACAGGUCUGCUGAUUACAUGGCAAAUAAUUUCGGGGUUUGAGAGAAACACAAGCACGACCAUUCCCUUUUCUGUGUAAAUAAUAAUAUUGUAUUUCUACCUACUUCAGGAUUACAGGCAUUAAGCGAAAGGGGGUGAAUAUUUACGCAAGUCAUUUUGUAAUAGUGAUAUUUUAGGCCAUUUCAAGCACAUUUUUUACUCCGUGCACAGUAGGAUGUAACAGGAGGAUAAAUACAGCAGGAUGUAGUUAGAAUCCCUUGUAACAGGUGCAUGAGGGUUGUGUUAAUUGUGUCGAUUUCUGCCAGUAACUGUGCAGUUCAUGCCAAGUAUCUGCUUCCAAAGGAGAUUUGUGUUCUUUUAUCACCACUAGAUGGUGUGUGUGUGUGUGUGUGUGUGUGUGUGUGUGUGUGUGUGUGUGUGUGUGUGUGUGUGUGUGUGUGUGUGUAACUUGAUGGUUUAUUAGGACUUAACCUGAAUAACAUUAACAGAUGAGAGGAGGAUGUGUGUGUGUGUGUGUAUACAUGAGGUACAAUUGUGCGUGUGUGUGUGUGUGUGUGUGUGUGUGUGUGUGUGUGUGUGUGUGUGUAACUUGAUGGUUUAUUAGGACUUAACCUGAAUAACAUUAACAGAUGAGAGGAGGAUGUGUGUGUAUACAUGAGGUACAAUUGUGUGUGUGUUUCUGUAUGUGUUUGUGUGUAUGUGGUCUGUGUGUGUGUGUGUGUGUGUGUGUGUGUGUGUGUGUGUGUGUGUGUGUGUGUGUGUGUGUUUAACAUUAUAAUUCUUUAUACUUUAGUUCCAGUAUUAACCGAGAAGGAAACACUAUUUUUUUCUGUAUUAUGUAAAUUAUUUAUGACUUUCCUACAUCUGAGUUCUCAGUGACUCUUUAAUUCAUGUUGUUUACGCUUCAGAGCUACGAGUACCAUCACACACACACACACACACACACACACACACACACACACACACACACACACA